CAGCGGCGGCUCAGCAUCACAGCGCGGUUCCUCCCGUGGAAGGGAAGGCGUGUGAUAACGGUAUCGUCGUCACGCAUUGACUAAACGUUAGCGGUGUAUGAUUUUUUUUUCUUCAUCUUCUUCUUGGCGGACUUCCACUUGGAUAAAGAGCUCCCCGCCUCUCCGCCAUUAUGGGUUAGACACGCCGCGACCCGUGGAUUGUCCACUUUGUGCACUUGAAGCGAGGAUGGGGGGGAUCGGAGUUGUUUUCCUGCAUACAUCCUGACAAAGACUGCGACUGUGAAGGGAAUUUGGAUAUUUUGCUUUUUUUUUUUUUUUUUAAAGUUCCACGGUUGGGUUCACGUCACGCGUGGUGUACCAGACGUGGAGAAAUGUUGUCAGAAUUGCUGUGCAGCGCCGUGGCUCUGGUCCUCUAUGUCAACACCCUGGGUGCAGAUUUCUGCUAUGAUGACAGCCGUGCAAUCAAGACCAAUCAGGACCUGCUUCCAGAAACCCCCUGGACCAAUAUCUUCUACGACGACUUCUGGGGAACCUUGCUCACACACAGCGGCAGCCAUAAGUCGUACCGCCCCCUUUGCACCCUCUCCUUCCGCUUCAAUCACGCUGCGGGGGGGCUGGAUCCUUGGGGGUACCACCUCGUUAACGUCGCCCUCCACGGGGCCGUCACCGGCCUCUUCACACGGCUGGCCCACCUCCUGCUGGGAAGGGGUUGGUGGAGCCUACUGGCCGGUUUGCUGUUCGCGUCCCAUCCUGUCCACACCGAGGCGGUGGCGGGGUUGGUGGGUCGCGCCGACGAAGGCGCCGCCAUUUUCUUCUUGCUGUCCCUGCUGUGCUACAUACGGUACUGCAAGCUGCGGGGCGAGGCCGGAGCGCUGCGGCUUGUGGUUUGGUUCCUGGGCAGUCUGGGCUGCGCUGCUUGUAGUAUGCUGUGGAAGGAGCUGGGGGUGACCGUGCUGGCCGUGGCGGCGCUCUACGACGUCUGCGUCUUGCACGGACUCAAACUGCGUCAGGUCGUCACGCUUCUCUACAAGAGAAAUAACGCCCAGCUGCUGCUAAAUAUAUUCCUGCUGGCAGUCUGGGGCGCCGCCCUGCUGGCCUGCCGCUUCUACUGGAUGGGCAACAAACCCCCAAAUUUUUCCAACUCCGACAACCCAGCAGCGGACUCCCCGUCUCUACUCACCAGGACUCUAACCUUCUUGUACCUUCCUGCAAUGAAUUUCUGGCUUCUUCUUUGCCCGAAUACGCUCAGUUUUGAUUGGUCGAUGGACACCCUGCCUCUGAUUAAGAGCAUUACCGAUUGGCGGAAUCUUCAUACGGUUAUCUUCUACUUCGGACUGUCGUCGCUGGUUUGGAUCAGUGUCGGGAAGCCGCCCAAAUCCAAGGGAACGGAUACCAAUGGGAAAGCGACUUUGUUUACCAACGGAAAGAACGGGAAUACCAACGGAUACAGCUACCAGCAUCACGAGCAAGAACAUGGCGGAAUUUCCUGCAAGAACGGUGCACAGAACGGUACCAAAAAACUCCACGAGGGCAGGACUUUGCUACCCGUGACUGAAAACGUUGUCGUGUUUUCGCUCGGACUUUUAGCUAUCCCGUUCCUCCCCGCUACUAACCUCUUUUUCUACGUUGGAUUCGUCAUAGCCGAACGAGUUCUCUACAUCCCAAGUAUGGGAUUUUGCCUGCUGGUGUCCGUGGGGUUGAGGUCUCUGUACGUCCGACUGCGACACAAGUCCUCCAGGACUUUGCUGGUUUAUUGCAGCGCAGCUCUGAUUCUGCUCUUUGGGGUGAAGACUGUUUUGAGGAACAAAGAUUGGGAGAACGAGGAGAUGCUCUACAAGUCAGGGAUUUCCGUCAAUCCUGCUAAAGCGUGGGGCAACCUGGGAAACAUCCUGAAGAACCAGGGCAAGAUGGAGGAGGCGGAACAAGCCUACAGAAACGCGCUCCAUUAUCGCAGUAACAUGGCGGACAUGCUGUACAACCUUGGUUUGUUGCUUCAGGAGAGCAACAAGUUCUCCGAGGCACUUCACUACUACAAGCUGGCCAUUGGGAGUCGGCCAACGCUGGCCUCGGCGUACUUGAACACAGGCAUCAUCCUGAUGAAUCAGGGUCGCCUGGAGGAGUCCAAGCGCACUUUCCUGACCUGUGCCGACAUCCCAGACGAGAACCUGAAGGACCCCCAUGCCCACAAGAGCUCGGUCACUAGCUGCCUGUACAACCUGGGAAAGCAGCUCCACGAGCAAGGACACCAGGAGGAGGCCUUGUCUGUCUUUAAAGAAGCCAUACAGAAAAUGCCAAGGCAAUUUGCACCGCAGAGCCUGUACAACAUGAUGGGAGAGGCCUAUAUGAGACUAAACAAACUGACUGAAGCCGAACACUGGUACCGAGAGUCCCUGCGAGCCAAGCCGGACCACAUUCCUGCACACCUCACCUACGGAAAACUGCUGGCCAUGACAGGGCAGAAAUCAGAAGCAGAGAGGUACUUCUUGAAGGCCAUCCAACUGGAUCCCACAAAGGGCAACUGUUACAUGCAUUAUGGUCAGUUUUUGUUGGAAGAAUCCCGUUUGCUGGAAGCGGCGGACAUGGCACAGAAAGCUGCACGCCUCGACAGCGGGGAGUUCGAUGUGGUCUUCAGUGCAGCUCACAUGCUAAGACAAGCCAGCCUAAACCAGGCAGCUGAGAAAUAUUAUGGACAAGCGGCGAGCCUGAGACCCAACUAUCCAGCAGCCUUGAUGAACUUGGGUGCCAUCCUUCACCUCAAUGGAAAACUUCAAGAAGCCGAAGCCAAUUACCUCCGAGCCUUGCGCCUCAAACCGGACGACACCAUCACCCAGUCCAACUUACGCAAGCUGUGGAACAUCAUGCAGAAGCAAGGCCUGAGGACCACCAGCAUCUGAGCUCCUGUUGACAAACAUGCUUGAAAAAAAAAGUCCUCUUUAGCCUGGAAAACACGGAAAACACGGAAAAACACUCAGGAGGAGGAGGAGGAGGAUCGUGGCCGUGCCUCGGAUCGCUCCUCCUUACAAGCUUUGUACGUUUGACUGACAUUUUUACCUUAAAAAAAAAAAAAAAGUAGCUCCUUUUUUUUUUUUUUUACAACGAGAGCACUUGAAAUUAAAAUGGGAAUUUUUUCCCAUUUUCCAGCAUGAGGGAUGAAAUUUGGAAGAGAAAACAUUUGUCGUCAAACAAGACAGGAAGCUAUUAUCAAAGUCCAAGUCAUUCCACGUCCAAGAUAUUAACGAGGAAUAUGAUAGCGAUAUUUGAUGACGACUUGCAAAGGGAAUUAAUUUAUUUGGAAAAGUGAAAAAAAAAGUGAAAAAAAUGAUAUUUCUUGCUGAUUAUUAUUUAUAAUUUUGGCAUGAAGACCAGAAAAGGAAGUAGGACCUACGUUAUAUUUAUUAUAUUGAAGCUUAUUUUCAUCACAAAGUUUAUAAUCUGCACUGCUGAAGAACUGAAGCGUACAUAGAUAGGGUCCAUACUAAACACCAGGGGUGUCCAAACUGCGGCCCGUGGCACUGUCUCAAAAUAUACUAGAAAAUAAUUAAAAAUGUUAAAAAAGUAUAAAGUCACACAACUUUUCACACAACUCAAUGCAAAGAGAUUAAUGGGAUUAAUGCAAAUUAAUUCUGAGUUAGUUACCUAAACAGAGGAAAAAAAAUUAAAAAUUUUCUUCCAGAUGCAUUUCGCCAGUUUACCAGUGUUACCAGUAUUACCAGAAGAAAAUUUACAAAAUAAAAGUUGAAAUAAUUGGAAUUUUUUUUUUGGAAAAAAUUUAUAAUAGUUUGUGAGAUUUGAAAAAAUAAAAAUGAGAAAAAAAAAAUUCUUCCAGAUGCAUUUCGCCAGGUUACCAGUGUUACCAGAAGAAAAUUUACAAAAUAAAAGUUGAAAUAGUUGGAAAUUAUUUUUUGGGGGGGAAAAAUUUUUUAAUAGUUUGUGAGAUUUGAAAAAAUAAAAAUGAGAAAAAAAAAUUUCUUCCAGACGCAUUUCGCCAGUUUACCUGUGUUACCAGUAGAAAAUUUACAAAAUAAAAGUUGAAAUAGUUGGAAAUUUUUUUUGUUGAAAAAAUUUACAAUAGUUUGUGAGAUUUGAAAAAAUCACAAAGUUUAUAAUCUGCACUGCUGAAGAACAGAAGUGUUCAUAGAUAGGCUCCAUACUAAACACCAGGGGUGUUCAAACUGCGGCCCGUGGCACAGUCUCAAAAUAUACUAAAAAAAUAAUAAAAAAUGUUACAAGUAUAAAGUCAAAAGUUCAAAUGUAAUGUUAUGAUGAAAAAAUUCAUAAUUUUAGUAGCAAAACAACAAAGUUCGAUUCCACCAGCAAGCAUUCAUGGAUUCCACUUUCCAUGAUGCCUUUUCACACAGCUCAAACGCAAAGAAAUCCAGAUGGGAAUGCAAAAAGUGUACCUUCAGUGACAUAUAUGUAGGACUUUAGGUUUGCCACCAGCUGCUUAUAAUGAUCUGCCUUGUAGUUUCCAAGAAACUUUGCAAAAAGCAAGAUUAAUGCAAAUUAAUUCUGAGUUAGUGACCUAAACAGAGGAAAAAAUCAAAAUUUUUCUUCCAGAUGCAUUUUGCCAUUUUACCAGUUUACCAGUGUUACCAGAAGAAAAUUUACAAAAUAAAAGUUGAAAUAAUUGGAUUUUUUUUCUUUUUUGGAAAACAAUUAUAAUAGUUUGUGAGAUUUGAAAAAAUAAAAAUAAGAAAAAACAUAAAAAUAUAUUAAAAAUUUAUAUAUCGUUUUGUAAUGAGAAAAAGUCCAAAUUUUACGGGAAUUAACCUGGAAUACGGGAAUGGAAUAAAGUCAUUGACAAAUUAUUUCAGAAGAUAAUUUCAGAAGCUGCUUAUAAUGAUCUGAUGGUUUCCAAGAAACUCUGCAAAAAGUGAGAUUAAUCCAAAUUAAUUCUGACCUAGUUAGUGACCUAAACCGAAGAAAAAUUCACAAUUUUUCUUCCAGAUGCAUUUCACCAUUUUACUAGUUUACCAGAAGAAAAUUUACAAAAUAAAAGUUUAAAUAGUUGGAAUUUUUUUUUGAAAAAACUUAUGUUUGUGAGAUUUGAAAAAAUAAAAAUAAGAAAAAACAUAAAAAUAUUUUUAAAAAAUUAUAUAUCAUAUUCUAAUGAGGAAAAAGUCCACAUUUUACGGGAAUUAACCUGGAAUACUGGAAUGGAAUAAAGUCAUUGUCAAAUUAUUUCAGAAGAAAACGUCAAC